UCCCGCUUCUUCCCCAUUUCGAAAUACCCUACUUCCCUGCCAUUCCUCGAACUGCCAAUCCACAAAUUCAAACCAGUAUUCAAUCGUAUACAUAAAGCUCUUCCCUGUUCGAUUGGGCUCAAUCCACUGAUCCCGCCCGCCGAUCCAAGGAAGUAGGGGAAGAACCGGGGAGCAAACCCUAGCCAGCUGCUCUGGUUGUCGACGGUCGAAUUUGAAGGGUUCAGUGCGCGGAAGAGAAGGAAUGGCUAUGGAGAUCACCAACUUUUUAAUAUCUGCUCAGUCAGCAGAUGCAAAGACCCGGACUGAAGCAGAGGCUACCCUAUCUCAGUUCAAAGAGCAGAACCUGCCAGUGUUUCUUUUGUCAUUGGCAGUUGAGCUCUCCAAUGACAGCAAACCUACUGAAUCUCGGAGACUGGCUGGUCUCGUUCUUAAGAACUCUUUGGAUGCAAAGGAAUCUUCCAGGAAAGAACACCUUGUUCAACAGUGGACUGCUAUUGAUAUUUCAAUCAAGUCCCAAAUAAAAAACCUUCUCCUUAACACACUUAAAUCUUCUGUGCGUGAUGCCAGUCACACAUCUUCCCAAGUCAUUGCCAAGAUUGCUUCGAUUGAAAUUCCACGAAAAGAGUGGCCAGAACUUGUUGGAACAUUACUUGCAAAUAUGACCCAACCAGGCAGCCUUGCGUCUCUCAAGCAGGCUACUCUGGAAACGCUUGGCUAUGUUUGUGAGGAGAUAUCUCACCAUGAUCUUGUCCAAGAGGAAGUAAAUGCUGUACUGACUGCUGUAGCGUCGGGCAUGACUGUGGGAGAACAGAGCCCUGAAAUUCGGCUUGUUGCAACUAGGGCUUUAUUCAAUGCACUGGAUUUUGCACAAACAAACUUUCAGAAUCAGAUGGAGCGGGAUUACAUCAUGAAGGUGAUUUGUGAGGCAACUACAGCUAAGGAAGUGGAGAUUAGACAAGCUGCUUUUGAGUGUCUUGUCUCUAUUGCGUCAACAUAUUAUGAGGUUCUUGGGCCAUAUAUGCAGAUUAUAGUUGAUCUGUCAUCAAAGGCAAUCAAAGAAGAUGUAGAGGCUGUUGCUCUUCAAGCUAUUGAGUUGUGGAGUUCUAUAUGCGACGAAGAGAUAGAGCUUCAGGAAUUAAAUGAAGACUCCGAGAGUGGGGUGUCUGCUGCCCCACACUCCCAUUUCAUUGAGAAAUCGCUCCCAUUUUUAGUUCCUAUGUUGCUAGAGACUUUACUGAAGCAGGAUGAAGAACAGGAUCAUGAUGAUGAUAUUUGGAAUUUGUCCAUGGCUGGUGGUACAUGUCUUGGUCUUGUAUCCAGGACUGUUCGAGAUUCUGUUGUGCCAUUGGUGAUGCCGUUCGUUGAAGCUAACAUACUAAAGGCGGAUUGGAGGUCUCGUGAAGCUGCAACUUAUGCAUUUGGAUCAAUCAUCGAUGGCCCAAGCCUUGAGAAGCUCUCUCCCAUGGUGACAUCUGGCUUUGAUUUUCUCCUCAAUGCCAUGAAAGAUGAAAACAGCCACGUGAGAGAUACCACUGCUUGGACACUCAGUCGUAUUUUUGAGUUAUUGCACAGACCCAUUUCUGGAUAUACUGUGCUCUCAGCCAACAACCUCCAGAGGGUUGCAGGGGUAUUGUUGGAAAGCCUCAAGGAUGCACCCCAUGUUGCUGAAAAGGUUUGUGGGGCCAUCUAUUUUCUGGCUCAAGGUUACGAGGAUGCAGGACCUGCUUCCUCUCUGCUGACACCAUACAUUCCGGAUCUCAUAGGCUCCCUGGUUAUUGCAGCAGACCGUAUGGAUUCAACUGAUACCAAACUCCGCUCCUCGGCAUAUGAGACCUUGAAUGAAAUUGUCAGAUGCUGCAACCUCUCAGAAACUGCCCCUGUUAUUGCACAGCUUUGCCCCGUCAUUAUGAACAAAUUGGCUCAAACCAUUGACCUUCAGGUUUUAUCUUCAGACGACAGAGGAAAACAGGGAGAUUUACAAGCUUCACUUUGUGGUGUUCUCCAGGUUAUCAUCCAGAGGCUCAGCAGCACUGAGGAAACAAAGUCUUUGAUACUCCAGGCUGCAGAUCAGAUCAUGAUGAUAUUCCUCAGGAUAUUCACAUGCCGUAGCUCGGUCGUUCACGAAGAAGCCAUGCUUGCUAUUGGUGCCUUAGCCUACGCGACUGGACCACAGUUUGAGAAGUACAUGUCGGACUUGUACAAGUACCUUGAGAUGGGACUUCAGAAUUUUGAAGAAUACCAAGUGUGUGCCAUCUCAGUGGGAGUCGUUGGGGAUAUCUGCCGUGCCUUGGAUGACAAGAUCUUACCUUAUUGUGAUGGUAUCAUGACACUUUUACUCAAAGACUUGUCCAGCGGCGAGCUGCACCGUUCCGUAAAGCCUCCAAUAUUUGCGUGUUUUGGUGAUAUUGCGCUUGCCAUAGGGGAACACUUUGAGAAGUAUGUGGAGUUUGCAUUGCCAAUGAUGAAGAGUGCGGCCGAAGUGUGUGCAAACCUGGAUUACGGAGACGAGGAGAUGUCCGAGUAUGGUAACAUGCUGAGGCGUAGUAUUUUUGAGGCAUAUUCUGGGAUAUUGCAGGGGUUCAAGAAUUCCAAGCCUGAUUUGAUGCUGCCUCAUGCAGCCCAUCUUCUGCAGUUCCUGGAAUUUGUUGCCCAAGACCGGAAUAGGUAUGAGAGUGUUACGAGAGCAGCAGUUGCAGUGUUAGGGGAUGUGGUGGAUGCGCUAGGGUCAAAUGUGAAGUCAUUGUUGAGCGAUCGUGGGUUUUGCAAUGAGUUUUUGGGGGAAUGUCUUCAAUCCGAUGACGAACAACUCAAGGAGACAGCCACUUGGACCCAAGGGAUGAUUGGCCGCGCCUUCUCUAUUUCUGGGUGAGUAUUAUUUAGUCAGUCAAUGCUGUCUCUCUGUCUCUCACUCUACUACUAAAGUUUGCUCUCAUGGAGUCGGCUGUGCUUGGAUCUUGUUCCCGGAAACUGGGGGAUUUCUGAGCCUAGUUUUGUUUGCUGGUGUAUGGAAAAGGUCAAUUGGGGGGGGGGGGGGGUUGGGGUGGGGGUAAUGCUUUUGUUAGCUUCUUUUUUUAAGGAAGGACUACAAGGCCACCUAGUUCGCGGUGGCCUGUUAGCGUUCCUUCUCUGUUAGCAUAUGAUUGUUUUUACCUUUUUAAAACACCCAAACUCGUCGAUUUAUUUAAUCAUAUCAGUGUCAGUUAUUACCUGUGUCCACAUUUCUUUAUGUUUUUGUUUAAAUAUUGCCAUUUCAUCUGUGUCCUCGGAGUGACUCUCACCUCUCUCUAUUAAAGGUUACCCAAGGUU